UUAUUCACUGAUUCUGCAUCAGCACUGCAACAAAUGUUGAAAUCGAGUUGCCUGUCCCAUCUGAUUCUACAAAUCCUAAUGUUCGGACAUCAAUGGGGUCAGCAGCAUAUGCUCCUGAGAAUGAUGCUUUGGUCUGGAAGAUCAAAUCUUUCCCGGGUAAUAGGGAGUAUAUGUUGAGGGCUGAGUUUAGUCUUCCUAGUAUAACAGCUGAAGAAGCAACUCCUGAUAGAAAGGCUCCCAUCCGUGUGAAGUUUGAGAUACCAUAUUUUACUGUCUCAGGGAUUCAGGUUCGAUACUUAAAGAUCAUUGAAAAAUCCGGAUACCAGGCUCUUCCAUGGGUGAGAUACAUAACAAUGGCUGGUGAAUAUGAAUUAAGACUAAUGUAAAGGUCCAUAUAUGUAACUCCUAUUAUGAAUCUCGUAAAUAUAUCAUAUGGCUUGGGAACUGCUUGGUGGUAAAGCCUCUCAUUGGAGAUGUUCUCAAAAUUUUGGUUUCUGUAGUAAGGUCCUUGCUUUUCAUUAUUUUAUUUUAAACAUUAUGCUUUAAUUAUCGUUUGAAUGUAACAUUUGUUUUAGGGUGUACUGAUCUCCCAAAAAGUUUGUUCAAUUAUUUUCUGCGGGAACAAAUAAUGUUUGUUGUAAAAUUGAGCAGUGGGUGCUUUCUUAUA